AUCCUUCCAUCUUUCUUCAAUAUCUUAUCUUAGCUCUAAUAAUUAUCAACAUUUCUUACAUAUAUAUAUAUAUAUUUAUGGCACCUGCAAUGAGCUUCGAAACAACCCCGGAAGAAGACGACAGUAGUAUAUACCUUAAAGGAGUGAAGAAUUUGUGCGAUAGCCGGAUCACUAAAGUCCCCAAAAAAUACAUAUUUCCGGUCUCCGACCGACCAAAUUUUAGUAUAGAUGAACCACACCCAAACCCAAACCCAAACCUCAACUUGCCACUCGUCGAUUUCGCUCAACUCCACGGCCCCAACAGAUCCCAUGUCGUCAACUCCAUAGCCAAAGCUUGCAAGGAAUAUGGAUUUUUUCAGGUGAUAAAUCAUGGGAUAGAGAGCGACACAAUCCGCCGCAUGAUCGACGCCGGGAGAAGGUUCUUCGACCUUCCGUUUGAGAAAAGAGCACAGUACAUGUCCGGCGACAUGCACUCGCCGGUCCGGUGCGGUACGAGCUUUAACCAGAACAAAGAUGGAGUCUUCUGCUGGAGAGAUUUCCUGAAGCUCAACUGUAGUCCCCUGUCACAGUUCUUCCCAUUCUGGCCAACUUCCCCUCCCGGUCUCCGGGAGGCGGCGGCGAGUUACUCAAAGCAGACAAGACUAGUGUACUUGAUGUUGAUUGAGGCGAUUCUGGAGAGCCUGGGAAUAGUGAAGGAGGGUGGCGGCGAAAUUAGGUUUGAAGAGUUUGAAGAAGGAAGCCAACUUUUAGUGGUGAAUUGCUACCCUGCAUGCCCGGAGCCGGAGCUGACGCUGGGAAUGCCGCCGCACUCCGACUACGGUCUGCUCACGCUUCUGUUGCAGGAUGAAGUGAAGGGUCUGGAGAUCCAUCACGCCGGCAGAUGGGAGACCGUUCACCCAAUCCCCAACUCCUUCGUCGUCAAUGUCGGAGACCAUCUCGAGAUAUUUAGCAAUGGAAGAUACAAGAGUGUGGUGCAUAGGGUGGUUGCCAACUCUUCAAGAUCAAGAAUCUCAGUGGCUUCACUGCACAGCUUGCCCUUUAGCACACUCAUUCGUCCUUCCCCAACCCUUGUCGACCAGGCACACCCCAGGCUUUACAGGGACACCGACUUCGCCACUUUCCUUCAAUAUAUUUCGUCUCCUCAACAUAACACCAACUUCUUAGAUUCCAUCAAGUUAUUUUAGACAGGACGUACAAAUCAUAUAUUCACGUAUAGUACGUAUAAUAUUUGUUGGUGGGAAUCAAUGAAUCAAAU